UGGGUGGGACUCGCUCAUUUUGGGGAGGUUAAACGCAGCAGAUGGGUGGGUCUCUACGUGGAUUGGAGAGCCGGAGCUUCCUCUCAGUCACAGCGGGCACAAGCUUUUCCCUGCAGCGAGAGAAGGGGAGCAGUCACUGCUGUAGAGGAGGGAAACGGGGCUGUGUGUUUUUAAAAUUUUCUUCGGGGAAGAACACUUUCGUGGAAGUUCUCCCUGUGUGAUUCAUCCUCUCAUGUCGUGGUGUGUGUCUGGCAGCGGGUGGAUUGUUAGCUGUUGAGGAAAGCUUUGUGCACCCAAGGAUUCACCCCGUUUCCCCUUUGUACGCAUCCUUCUCUUCAAGGUGGGAUGAAUUUGGACAGAGUCGCAGAGGCCGUGAGAGCACCGCCGGCCCGCGACGUGGCCCCCGCGUUUCAUUUACCGAGAACUUCAAAAGGCAGUCGAGAAACUUUAGAGAACUCAAGCAGCGAGUCUUCAGACACAGAGUUGGCAGAAAAGGAGAGGAGCGCCGAACACAGGAGUGAUGACGGGAACGCGGACGAUCCCAAGAAGAAGAAGCAGCGGCGGCAGCGGACUCACUUCACCAGCCAGCAGCUGCAGGAGCUGGAAGCCACUUUCCAGAGGAACCGCUACCCGGAUAUGAGCACCAGGGAGGAAAUCGCCGUGUGGACCAACCUGACCGAGGCCAGAGUCCGGGUGUGGUUCAAAAACCGUCGGGCUAAGUGGAGGAAGCGGGAGCGCAACCAGCAGAUGGACCUGUGCAAGAACAGCUACCUGCCGCAGUUCAGCGGACUCAUGCAACCUUAUGAAGACAUGUACCCGGCGUACACUUACAACAAUUGGACCAACAAGGGCCUCACCCCGGCGCCGCUGUCCACCAAGAACUUUACCUUCUUCAACUCCAUGAGCCCCCUCACCUCGCAGUCCAUGUUUCCGACGCCCAACUCCAUCUCCUCCAUGACCAUGGCCUCCGGCAUGGGCCACUCCGCCGUGCCGGGGAUGCCCACCCCGGGCCUCAACAACAUCAGCAACCUGAACGGGAUCGGCACGUCUGGCAUCAACUCAGCCAUGUCGUCGUCCGCGUGUCCGUACGGGCCUCCCGGCUCUCCCUACAGCGUUUACCGGGACACUUGCAACUCCAGCCUGGCCACCCUCAGACUCAAAUCCAAACAGCAUCCUACUUUUGGAUACAGCAGCCUGCAGAGCCCCGGGUCGAGCCUGAACGCCUGUCAAUACAACAGCUGACGGGCCAAAAGCGCGGCCUAAAUGUUACAAAUAUAAAUAAAUAUAUGUGAUAAACGGACACGGUGUCAAGAGCUUUCAGGCUACCUGCGGAUGGGGGAAACAAAUCCAAGACAACUAAACUGGAUUAGUUGCAAUCAUUUAAAAAAAAAAAAAAAAAAUGUAAAAAAAAAAAAAAAAGGAGGAAAACAUGGAUUAUGCGGGUUAUAUGUUUACCAAUGAACUUGCACAGCAAUUGAAAUGUCCAGUUUUUUUGGAUUUAAAAAAAAAAAAGAUGAAGACGUGUUACAUUGCUGCAUUGUACAUAUAUAAAUGUAAAUAUAUACAGGUCUAACAUAAAACAGACGAUGGGAUUUUUUUUUGUGCUUGCUUGCUUUUGA